GAAAAGUGAUUGGUUGAGAUGUGUUGACAAAUCAUGGCUAAUGAAACUUGUGGGUUGGAUACUAAGCAACGCGGUCACGUAAGAGUAAGAAGAGCGCUAGUGUCAAGUUAUUUUUAAGAAGUUAGUAAAGGUGGAAGGCGAAGUUUGGAUCCGUAAGAAGCUCUGAUUAGUAUCUGCCUCCAGCUUCACGUUAGCUCGCUGGCUAACUCUGACGGCUACCUAAAUAUGACUAACGCAUGGGUGCUCAACCGCUGCCAGACAGUGACUGACAGUGCCGACCGGUGAGGAGGAGGGGAUUAACGUUACCGCAAACCAGACAUGACAGCUGGCGGCAGAGGGAGGGUCAACAUAAUGAUGGAGGCACCGGAAAGAAGCCGCAGCUUCAACUUUUCAUCUGAGGAGCUGGACUCCUCUGCCCUCUCCUCCAGCAUGUCCAUCGACAGGCUCUUCCCGGCUCUCCUGGAGUGCUUUGGGAUAAUUUUGUGCGGGUACAUCGCAGGGAGGGCAAACAUUAUCACCUCCACCCAGGCCAAAGGAUUGGGGAGUUUUGUUUCCAAGUUUGCUCUCCCAGCACUGCUGUUCAAGAACAUGGUGCUGCUGGACUUUGGUAAUGUCAUCUGGCCAUUUCUCUGGAGCAUCCUCAUCGCCAAAGUGUGCGUGUUCUUCCUCGUCUGCAUCCUCACAUUGAUAGUAGCCAGCCCCGUCAGUCGCUACAGUAAGGCUGGGCUCUUCUCAAUUUUUGCUACCCAAAGCAAUGAUUUUGCUUUGGGAUACCCUAUAGUUGAAGCCCUGUACCAGAGUACAUAUCCAGAGUACCUCCAGUAUAUCUACCUGGUGGCACCUGUGUCCCUGAUGUUUCUCAAUCCCAUCGGCUUUGCCCUCUGUGAGAUCCAGAAGUGGAAGGAUCAGGGGAACCAUCAACAGAGCAAAGUAGUGAUUGUGGGAGUUGUAGUUUUACAGGUCAUAAAGAACCCCAUAGUAUUUAUGGUUGUUAUCGGCAUCAUUGCCCACUUUGUGCUGCACCAAACCGUUCCCGUCUUCAUGGCUCAGUUUGUGGAUGGCUUGGCUAACUCUUUCGGGGGAGCAGCUCUGUUCUACCUGGGCCUGUCCAUGGUGGGCCAGUUGGGGAAAUUAACCAAAUCUACAGUGGUGACACUGAUAUUACUUACUACAGCAAAACUGUUACUAAUGCCCCUGAUUUGUAAGGACAUGGUGGAUCUGUUGGACAAACGCAACACCAGCGAUUUGAACCACUCCAGCCUCUCUGAUUACGCCUUUCUUUAUGGAGUGUUUCCCACUGCACCGAGUGUGGCCAUCUAUGCCGUUUAUUAUAACGCAGAGCUAGAAGUUGUAACUGCUGGGAUGGUGAUCAGCACUUUCCUCUCAGCUCCAAUAAUGUAUGUUUCUGCCUGGUUACUCACGAUCCGUUGGACAGAUCCUCAGCGUUUAAUGAAUUCACUGCAGAACGUCAGUUUCAACAUAAGCAUCGUGAGCUUAGUUGCACUGGUGUGGACUAUUGCCGUCAUGUUUUUAAGUAAAAAAUUCAAAAGGCUGCCUCACUUGUUUACAGUUAACCUUUUCUUUGCACAGGUUCUGACUUGCAUUGGGAUGAUCUUGUGGAACUUCGUAGUGAAGGAAAAUAACUUCAUUGGUCAGGUCCUGACUUUCACCUUAUUAUGUACCUCACUCUACAGCACUUUUAUAUGGCCAGGUUUGAUAGCACUCUCACUUGUGCUCUUGAAGUCUGAGGAUCUGAAAGUUUCACCGGGCAUGUUGGUCAUUGCGGGCUGGGGGAUUCCAGCUUUAAUAACUGCAGUUUUGCUCAUUUGUGGGGAAAAAAUGUUUGGAGUCAUUGAUGCAGCUUUCUUCUAUGGCAGAGCACAGAUAAUCUGCACCACAUUCGUAGUUGCCUUCAGCAUAUUUCUGGGAGGAGGCUCUCUUGUGUGUCUCAGCAGAGGAAGCUGGGCCCAAAAUGUCCAAACUGAAGAGGUGAACUCAUUUGACUCUCCAGAAGAUCCUUUGAUUGAAAAUGAACCCGAAAACCAGACCGUGUUUGAGACUGACCCCCCACCAAGAGAUCAAGGAAAUCGUCAACAAGGAAUGACAUAUAUACUGUCACUGACCUGCAUGCUUUUGUAUUUUACAAGGGUUUGUAUUUAUCUAUUUGUGUUCUGCUGCUGCCCCCCUCAGGUCAGUGUGAGAGUGGGUGCGAGUCCACAGACUGCCUCCUUGUCCAAGUGGAGGAGCUCCAACAGGUUGCAGACAGACAAGUGGCCUGUCAUGUGUCUGCUUCUGACUGUCAGCCUGCUUGCUAAUUUGUCCAGCUGCGUGUGGCUGCUCUUUAACCACAAUCCUGGUAGACUCUACUUGGAGUUGCUCUUCUUUUGUGCUGUGGUCAACUAUGGACAGGGGCUUCUCUCCUUUGCUCUUUUUGGGCUGGACAAACAUUUGAUUUUACUGCCAGUUAAGAAGAGAUUAUACAGUCUGUGGUAUGGAAAACAAGAAGAGCAGCCACAGAGUGAUUUAUCUGAGGAGAUCGGGAUGACCUGCACCCAGUUCACCAAAUACCACAAGCAGCAGUGUUUUCAUGACAUUGUUAAAAAGAGAAGGUAUGGAAAGAAGACUAUGGUGGACUGUUUUCUUGGCUGUGAACUUGUUGAGUGGCUUCUGCAGGUUGGUUUAGCUCAGGACCGUGGCGAGGCAGUACUCUACGGGACACGGUUACAAGAGGGUGGUGUGCUCCAGCACAUCAAGCAGGAAUACAGCUUCCAGGAUAGUCCGCUGUAUUAUUGCUUCAUGGCAUAAGAUGCUUGCAUCAAAGAAAAAGGUUUCUUUUAACCUAAAAGAAAAUCAAAUCAGUUCGAACAGGAAAUUCCUGUACAGCAAGAGACUCGAUGUACUAUUACUAAAUUCACCAUCGCGGCACAGUGAUAGCAACGAGGACCCCUGUCGGCAAUGUGAGAAAUGUUCAAAGUGCUGCACACUCUCAUUCAAAAUGUUUGUUGUCUUUACAUCCAACAUUUCAAGUUCAUUUCUGAGACACUGAGUCACGGCUACAAUGCUAAAACUUGAACACGAGCCAUAAAUAAAUUAUUUUAAUCUAAAUCCCAAAAAGUUCAUUCUCAUUAUCAAGAAACUGACCUCACAGCCAUGUUUGUCACAUGUUUGCCAGUGGUGCCAGUGCUAGCUUCAGUCAUUAUGCAAAUGUACUGUUUAUGUUGGGGAAACCUGCCGUCAGCAGACACUGAAGAAGUCAUUUGUAUGAGUGACGAAACGUUUCUCCCACUGAAAACACAACGUCCAGAUGACUUGGUAUUCAAAGUGUGUCAGUGUAUACUGUAUGUGUCACACUGGAUAAAAGGGGAAUUCUAAAUUUCAAGGAAUGAACCUUUCAAAAGUUUUAUGUUUUUGUUUUUACACCAUAGAUUUGAUUUGACUUUAUGUUUCAUGCCAUUCUGUGAGUGAUGAAGCACACAGAGGUGUAUGUCCAAAAAGUCGCUCCUCUACUUAAUCCUUUUCAAUCCUAAUUUCUACAAAGACACUUUUACAUGUUUUGUUAGUUUUUUACUAAAAACCACUCACCAAAUGAAUAAAGGGGAAAAAUGAUGUUAUUUGAUGUUAUUUCUUUGGAAACCUUCACUGGAUAUUGUUUAUGAAGUUUUAACCAGAACUAUAAUUGUUAACAUAGCAACUGCUGGCCAGUUUGAUUAAAAAAUGUCAUUUUUCAGUCAUCAUAUUGAAACAUAAUGUGGUAGCAAUAUACAAUGACAAUGUAUAUCUUCUGAGCGUGAUGGGAAAACACUUUUAGGAACAGCUGCAGAUCUUCUUUUCUCUCAAGGUAACAAA